GUGUGUCUCCAAUGAGGUGUUCCUCCCAGUGAUGGUUCUGAUCAGGACCUCCAGUCCAGAGUCGUCAAACUCGUCCCGCUGGGGGUCAGGUGAGCUCCAGAUUAUCUCCAGGGAGUUCCACCAGCGGAGUUCUGAGCCGAAGGGAAGGCUCCUGGGUGGACAGCCGCCCACUCCCCCUUCUGAGACCGACAAGGAGCUUCAGGGCGUAGCAGAUCUGUCUGUGAGUAACAUCCUGAAAAGGGCCCAGGAGGACCUCUUCUUUUCUGUUGAGGAUGACCUGGAGAACACCCAUCCAGAAAUCAGUCUGACCGAAGAGAGGCUCUCCAGCAUCUUCUCAGAGUUGUUCAGGGAUGCCUGUGAGAGUGCCCAGGAGGCCGCCAGACGGAUCCACCACAUGAGGUCUGGAAGAGGCAACAGCAGCCGGAAUGGGAGAUGCCCUGGUUUAUCGCAGGGAUCGAGCAGGUCCAAUAUGCCAGAUUUGGGAGAACUGGGGUCAGUGAGGAAGCCCAAGGAAAGCGACGUCCAUAAAGUCCUUAGCGAGGGGUCCCUCCCUGUCCUUGCCCUGCUUGGGAAGAGGCCAGGGGUAGUUGGGGAGACCAGCAGCCCUGCUGGGGAGAUAGACACGACCCAGACUGCCAGCACUCCCCGGUCUGGGCAUGGCGGCAGAAGAAGUAGGCAGACCACCGCUCCCACCACCGGCCACAGAGAGGCAGGAGUCACAGCCAGUAAUUAUUUUUCAUCUGACGCACUCCGACACUGACCGGGAACUAGCCCAGGAGUUCAGCAGUGAGGAUGAUGUUUCACUAAAUGACAUCAUGGACAUGAAGUUAACCACACCAGUGGAGCCCCUAGGGCAGAUCCUGUCCUCAUGGAAGCUGGUCAACAGGAUCUUCAAGGGGAAGGUCCACUACUUUGGGAAGGAGCUCAUCUGCAAGGUGUAUCAGAUGCUUCUGGACACCGGUAUGGGAAGGAGGCCAAUGGCCCGCCAGAGCAGGUCCGAGCCCAUCCUGAAAGACCUGGCUGCCAACCGUAGGCUCUCCGAUUAAUUUUUCACAGAUGUGCUGUACAUGUUCAUCCAACGGGCCAUUAAGAAUCUGCUGGAGAACUUCUUGGGUCUGCCGACCACCCCACCGGGUAGAGACAUUAUGUGGAAUGACAACUUCAACUGGAUGUAUAGGGACGGCUGGGGGGAGACCCCCACAUCCAGCGAGAACGAGUUGUGGGACAGCGACUCCACCUGGUCACGUGACCUUGGAGAGGAGGAGGGGGCAGAGUCCCGUGGGAGGUGGGCCGCUCUGUUAGAGAGGGGCAGCUUCCUGACCCUCCAGUCCUCCAGCUCCCUCUCUGAUGACAACAAGGAGGCACUAGGGGCCGUCUGCCAGGUCCUGACCACCAGGGUGGGAGACAUCCUGAACAGUACCUGCAACGACGAUUACAAGGCCAGGCUCAUCAUCCAGAAAGGAUUGGAUUCCGGUGCCAGGGAAAGGUUCCCUGACUCUCCGUGUUCAUCUUCCCCCAAGGACGAAGAGGAGGUGGUUGUAAGUGUCAUGACUGUCUCAUACCCUAAACCCUCCACCUCAACCCAGGCAGCAUGGGGAGCUCCUGCCCAGACUCUGGACGGUUUUCUGCCCAGACCCUGCCUGGAUGAAGAAGAGGUAGUCCCCAGCACCUCCAUGAAGGACGACUCUGUGACGACCACCCAUGCAGCACGGGCAGCUCCUUCCCAGACCCUGGAAGAAGAGGUGGGGGAAGCUGAGGUCUCCGAGAUGAGUGACAGCUCCCUGAUGCCCACCAAGAACAGACAGGACCCCCUGGGGAAGAUUCCCUCCCUCCUACCAGGCAAGGAGGACAUCCUCCUUCGCAGCACUCCCUUGGGCCACCGUCAUGAGCACCCAGACUCUGAAGUUUAUUCUCCACGGCAUCAUGUGCCGACUGGAGGCCUCAGAGUCCCCCCAGACAAGGAGGGCCAAUGACCCCUUCAGGCUGAUGAAGGAUCUCUUUGUGCUGGUCCAGCAUGCCCUGAAGUAUGCUGACAUCUCUGUCGUCUUUGGCCUGGAGGAGAGCAUCCAAUUCAGUGGUGAGGAUGCGGUGAAGGACAUUGUGAAGACUGCGGCUAAAAGAUUGUCCCUGCGUUCGGACUCCAACCGGGCUCAACUGCGUGCCGCACGCUCUGGUAGCGAGGGAGCCAUAAGGUGUAUGGCGGACACCAUCACACAAGUCAUAGAUGACUAUUCCGAGGACUGGAGAUCCGACGGCCAUUUUGGAGCCAGGAGGAGCAGUGGUAGUGGGAGGUCACACUCCUCAACCUCCUCAAGGAGUGACGUCACCCUCACCGAGGAGCUCCUGGCUUGGAGGGAAACCCUAGAAGAGGACCUAGAGGAGAUGGCUGAUGACAGCACUGGUUUGGAAAAGACCAGUGUAAGCUCAGCCAUCUCUGAAAAGUCCCAGGUAAUUAGCUACCUUUCUGAAAGCACCAAGCCCAUCAGCAGCGCCCUCUCCAAAGACCUCACCUCCACACAG